AUGCGACGGGUAGUAGUAACAGGCUUAGGGCUUGUAACCCCUCUUGGACUAGGUGUUCGACGAACCUGGAAGCGUCUGAUCGAUAGCCAGUGUGGCAUCGUUUCCAUCAAAGACAGAAGCCCUGAAUUCGCGCUGCUACCGAGCCAAGUCGCUGGUCUGGUUCCUCAGGGUAGCAAAACCGAUGGUAAAUGGAAUACAAAGGAGCAUCUAAGCCACAGCGAUGAACGCCGUAUGGCACGCUUCGCACAGUACGCCAUGGUGGCGUCCGAUGAAGCUCUUAAUGAUGCGGGAUGGUUUUCGAAGGAAGAGGCCGAUCUUGAAGUCACAGGAGUGUACAUGGGAUCUGGUAUCGGCAGUUUAGACGAUGUGUAUGAUACCACAAUUGCUUAUGAGAAAGGCGGUUACCGAAAGGUGUCCCCGCUCUUUGUUCCACGACUGUUGAUCAACCUAGCCGCAGGUCACAUAUCGAUGCGUUAUGGGUUCAAGGGACCGAACCAUGCGGCAACAACAGCAUGUACGACCGGAGCACAUAGCAUCGGAGACGCGUCACGUUUGAUUCAGUUCGGAGAUGCAGAUGUUAUGAUAGCCGGCGGAGCUGAAUCAUGCAUUCAUCCUCUCGCCAUAUCAGGCUUUGCUAGGGCUAGAAGCCUGGCUACUGAGUUCAAUGAACGGCCCAUGGAGUCCAGUCGACCAUUCGACCGAGAACGGGAUGGUUUUGUCAUUGGAGAAGGAGCCGGAGUUGUGGUUCUCGAGGAACUCGAGCACGCAAGGAAGCGAGGUGCGAACAUCUAUGCUGAAGUCGCCGGCUACGGACUGUCCAGCGACGCACACCACAUGACGGCACCUCGCGAAGAUGGCCAAGGUCCACGUCUCGCAAUGAAGCAUGCACUACGACAUGCCGGCCUCAAGCCAAGCGCUGUCGACUACGUGAACGCCCAUGCGACGAGCACCCCACUAGGUGAUGCUGCGGAGAACCGAGCCAUCAAAGAGCUUCUGCUUGGCGAAGACGGAAAGGAUAGAGCUUGUGAAAUCAAUGUGAGCAGUACAAAAGGUGCGGUCGGACAUCUUCUGGGUGCUGCAGGGAGCGUGGAGACAAUUUUCACGAUUCUUGGGAUGCAUCACAACAUCCUACCUCCGACUCUCAAUCUUGAGAAUCCAGGAGAUCCGGCGGUUGACUUUAACUGCAACUACGUCGCCAAUGCUGCUCAACAGCACAGAGUCAAUGUGGCUCUCUCGAAUAGCUUCGCAAUCCUCUCAUACACUCUGGGCUUGCGCCAUGCCCUGGAUGCAGAUCAUAUUUCGGCGAUCGAUCUCAUGACUCGCCGUCUGGUUGCUGCAGGCCAGCGGCCAGUGACGGUUGGAAUGUUCUUCAGUCUCGGACAUUCUACCAUCGUCAUCAUCACGUCGCUCAUCGUUGCAGGAACUGCAGCGGCGGUGUCAGACAAGUUUGACAAUUUCGAGCGUGUCGGUGGCAUUAUCGGCACUUCAGUCUCUGCUGCUUUCUUGUUGCUCCUUGGUCUUAUGAACAUCUACAUUCUGUACAAGCUCAUAGUACAGAUGCGAAAGAUGGUUUCGAGCGACCCUGGUAGUGAGCACGAACAGUUCAAGAUACAGGGCGGCGGUUGCCUCUUCCCGAUAUUGCAGAAGCUCUUCAAGUUGGUCGACCGACCCUGGAAGAUGUAUCCUCUGGGUGUACUUUUCGGGCUAGGUUUCGACACUUCUUCCGAGAUCGCUAUCCUAGGAAUAAGUUCGAUUCAAGCCACAAAGGGGACAUCAAUUUGGCUGAUCUUGAUCUUUCCACUGCUCUUCACAGCAGGCAUGUGCCUUCUCGAUACCACCGAUGGUGCGCUGAUGAUGAGUCUGUACACAAGCACGCAACUUGCGCGCGACCCGAUCGCCAUUUGCUACUACAGCAUUGUGCUAACAGUCAUUACCGUGGUUGUCGCGACCAUCAUCGGGACAGUGCAGUUCCUCAAUCUGGUGCUCAACGUUGCCGAGCCGCAUGGCAAGUUUUGGGAAGGCGUCGAAAAGCUGGGCGAUGCUUGGGAUAUAGUUGGCGGAGCUAUAUGCGGUACAUUUAUCGUUUUCGGUGGUCUCAGUGUUCUGCUGUACAAGCCUUGGAGACGUCGCAUCGAUAGGAAAAGAGUCAACAAUGCGCACUUUGAGCCAUUACCCCAGGAAAAUGAUGUGCCCGGCUCCGACGAAGAGCACAACCGAGGGAUCGUCCCAUCGAGUACGACACAGACAAAAGCGGUGGAGGUGAACAUCGAGCCAGUAGAAGCCAUAGGCGCUGGUCCUGCACGUUGUUGA